AAAGCCAAUAACCAAAAAACCUGGAGGUGACAGUCCUGUCGGAUAUUUGAAGGAUUUUUUGAUUUGCUUUGAAACGAAAGGAUUUAUUUUCCAAAGUGAAAAGUAAAAAGUUGUCAUUUAUUCGACCCUAAGUCAACCUCAGCAACAUUUCAUUUGACUCAACUUGCUUAUUAACAGUACUCUAUCUAAAAUGUCAUUACCUUCUCAACAGCACUCUUUGGGAGGCGACACUCCGCUGAAUAGUCCAACGUCGAAUAGAUUUAAUUCGAAUGCUAACGUGAAUCAGAUUCUGCAGGCGUACUUUCAUAGAAAAGGCUUUACAGAGGGAGAGCUCGCGUAUAUACAACAACAAGAUAUUGUUGGCUCAGAAUUUAGCACUAUCAGUUUGGACGAGCUAACGAAGAAAAUACUGAAUGAGUCCGAUGACGACGAGCAAGCAACAGGAGCAAACGCAGUGGAGAUACCAGACUAUCUGCGAAUUUUGAAAAGAUCUAGAGAGGACGAAGAGCAGAAUGCAAGUGAUGGAAUGAACAUAGUAGAUCUCACAACUCAAGCUUACUUGUCUUUGAAAGACUGGAUAGAAAACUCACUCGAUAUUUAUAGACACGAACUAAUGUCCUUAUUGUAUCCCGUAUUUAUUUAUUCUUUCCUCAAUCUGAUAUCGAAGGGCUUAUAUGAUCAAGGAAACAAUUUCUUCCAACAGUUCAAAUCAAAUCAUAUUGACCAGCAUGAACAAGAUAUUCUUUCCCUCGAGAAUGUGCGUUCGAUAGAUGACAGCUCAAAUAUCACAGUAGAAAAAUAUUACAAUAAGAAAUACAAUAUACACAUUUCAUCGAUAUCAUACGACCUAUUAUUGCAAUUCAUAAACGAACAUAACUUCAUAAAUUUAAUACACCUUAUAAAGCAACAUUUAAAUGUACAUAUUAUCAAUGGAAACUUAUCACCGUCGACAGGCCUCUUUGCCAAUAAUCAAAUACAUGAUUAUAUAAAUGGAUUAGAGGAUGACACAAUAGCACUACAAAAAGUAAAACAAGAAAACACGUUAGAUUCGAUAACAAUUGAUGAGAUACCCGCUGUUACGUAUCGAAGCACUAACCUUCAAGCUGAUCUCGAAACACUGAAAGACUUACGAAAACGGAUAGCUCAAGGAAAUGCCGCAUUACCGAGUAUAAGUUUAUAUAACUUCCAUCACACGCAUGAUAUGUUAAACUGCUUGGCUAUUUCAGAUGACACAGCAAUGGUAGCUGGAGGAUUUUCUGAGUCGUACAUAAAAGUGUGGAGCAUGAAAGGAAAAAGAUUACAGAGUAGAUCAGAGAAGGAACAAAAUGUAGAAGGCACAGAGUAUAAGAAGUUGAUUGGACAUUCAGGACCAGUUUAUGGAUUAAGCUUUAGUCAUAAUAAUGCAUAUUUGAUCUCAUGUUCAGAAGACGAAACAGUGCGGCUAUGGAGCCUCGACACAUUCACAAAUGUAGUAUGUUAUAAAAGUCACAAUUAUCCUAUUUGGGAUGUGGAUUUUGGGCCUUAUGGGUUUUAUUUUGCAACCGCAUCGCAUGAUAGAACAGCGAGAUUAUGGAGCUGUGAUCGUACCAAUCCACUUCGUAUAUUUGCCGGUCACUUAUCUGAUGUUAACACCGUCAAAUUUCAUCCCAACUCUAAAUAUGUGGUGACAGGGUCGACAGAUAAGACAGCGAGAUUAUGGGAUGUGCAAAGAGGAACUUGUGUACGAGUAUUCACAGGGCAUACAGGUGCUGUACAUACAGUGGCAAUAUCACCGAACGGUAGACUGAUGGCAUCAGCAGGAGAAGAUCAAACUAUCAUUCUGUGGGACUUGGGAUCUGGCAAAAAGUUGAAGACCAUGACAGGUCAUACGGGUUUUAUAUAUUCUGUCAGCUUCAAUAAUGACAGCACUGUAUUGGUAUCAGGAAGCGCAGAUAACACAGUUCGUGUAUGGGAUGUGAAUAAAGACACACCUUUUGAAUAUACACCAGAGAAUAUGGAUACACCAACAAAACGAUCAAAAAUGGUAAACGGAAAGCAAAAGGAGAGCAAAAAAGAUCUCGACAAGGCAAAAUCGUUAGCAGACAGCAACAGUCGAAGGAAAAAAGGCAUUUUAGAAAGUAAUGAUCAUCUGGGCAUGUUUCCUACAAAAAACACACCAAUAUACACUGUACAAUUCACAGCACGUAAUUUAUGCUUAGCAGCAGGCGCUGCCAAUUCAUUGUCAAUAGACAUACUGAAAACAUGAUCUCGAACGGCUGUUAAUAAAUUGGCAAAGGAAAACGAAAAUGAUAGAUUUCGCUUCUAUAUUAUAUACCAUGGAUAUCAAUAUA